AUGUUUUUGCGGAAGCUGGAGCGCAGUGAUGGGACGGUUCUGGCGAUUCAGCAGCUGAGCUCCGGAGACGUAGGCUGCGUGGUGUGGGACGCCGUUAUCGUACUAUCCAAGUUCCUGGAGGGCGAGGAGUUUGUGGGCCCUGGAUUCCAUAAGCUGAGGGGGAGAUCGGUUCUGGAGCUGGGGUCUGGCACCGGCAUUGUGGGGAUCAUGGCGGCAACCCUCGGGGCAGACGUCACGUUGACGGAUCUUGAAGACUUGAAGGACUUGAUGAACGUGAACAUUGAAAGCAACAAGGAUCUAAUCACCGGUAGCUGCCGAGCGAAGGUACUAAAAUGGGGUGAGGAUGUCACAGAGUUCCUGCCUUCACCUAACUACAUUUUGAUGGCGGACUGCAUAUACUAUGAAGAGUCCUUGUGUCUGCUGCUGAAGACCCUUAAAGAUCUCUGUAGCCUGGAGACUUGUAUCCUGUGCUGUUACGAACAAAGAACCACUGGGAAAAACCCUGAAAUUGAAAGAAGAUUUUUUGAGGUGAGAUCAUAGAGCCCCCCUUGAUAGGUUUAAAUAUUUCUGCU